AUGGCCGAGGGCAGCGAGCUGAUGAACCGGCUCAUGAGUGAGAACGCGGACCUCAAGAAGCAGGUGCGGCUGCUGAAGGAGAACCAGAUGCUGAAGCGCCUGCUCAGUGAGAGCUGUCAGGACAGCUGUGGCCAUGGUAACCGCGACCUGCUCUUCCCCAAGGGGCCCAUCUACCCUGAGGAGACCUGCUCGCCUGGGAGCGGAGUUCCAGAUUUCGGGAGGUUCUCCAGUGCUGUGGACGCGCCCUCUCAGAUGCAGACAGCCUCCCUGGAGGACCUGCUGUGCUCCCAUGCGCCCCUCUCCAGUGAGGAUGACUCCUCUCCUGGCUGUGCCACUGCCUCCCCAGCCACCUUCAAGUCUUUCCUCAGCUCCACAGAGCUGCACACGGUCCGGGGCACUGACAGGAAGCUCUCUCAGCUCCUGGGCCCCCUGCAAGACCCACUGGUAGAUAAGAGUCUGUUGGAGUCCCGGCCCAAGAAGGUGUGCUUCUCAGAGAACAGCCUGCCCUCAGGGGACAGGACCCGCAGGAGUUUCUACCUGAAUGAGAUCCAGGGCUUUUCAGGCACCGAGAAGGAUGGGCGCAUCGUGGGAGAGAUCGCCUUCCAGCUGGACCGGCGCAUCCUGGCCUACGUCUUCCCGGGGGUGACCCGGCUCUACGGCUUCACCGUGUCCAACAUUCCUGAGAAGAUCAGGCAGACAUCCAUCAAGUCCCUGGAUGGCACGGUGGAUGAGAAGAAGCUGCGUGAGCUCACGCACCGCUACCUGACCCUGACGGCACGCCUGGAGAAGCUGGGCUACAACCGCGACGUGCACCCAGUGUUCAGCGAGUUCCUCAUCAACACCUACGGCAUCCUGAAGCAGCGCCCGGACCUGCGCGCCAACCCUCUGCAUAGCAGCCCAGCGGCCCUGCGCAGGCUGGUCAUCGAUGUGGUGCCGCCCAAGUUCCUUGGCGACUCGCUGCUCCUGCUCAACUGCCUGUGCGAGCUCUCCAAGGAGGACAGCAAGCCGCUCUUCGCCUGGUGA